CCCCCUAGCAACAGUGCGUCAUGACGUCACGUUGUAGUCCACUUGACCUCGGAUGCCGGAGAAUCCAUUUGCAGUUUUGUUAGCUAAGCUGCUGGAAGUUGUGUAACGAGGGAAACAAAAAGGGGGACUCGUUGUUCGGCGUCUCUCCUCACACCCACAACCCGACAUUUUGAUCCAUAUUUCGGGCAAAAAUGUUUUCACUGUCAACGUCGUUUCAGCCGCAGCAGAUGAUAGUGCCCCUCAGCCAGCUCAUCAAUGCCCUCCACUCUCUGAAGAACUCAGCCACAGCUUCGGUCCAGACUCUGCACAAAGACUUCAUUCCAGAGAACAGUUCAUAUCUUAAAGAGCCCAAUGUGAGUCUGAGGGAUCUGGGCCUGUCAGAGAUCCAUGUGAGUCAGCUGGAUGAGCUGGUCAGCAGGUUACUGCCCAUACCAGCAGCAGAAGAACCUCCUGCUGUUUCCUCGAUAUGGAGGUCGAGUCACGUUUCUGCAGACAGCUUCUUCCAAAACAAGAACGGGUUUUCACAGAGAAAGUUGGGAGUUUUUGGCUCCCAUAUAUUCCACAGACAAUAUCACAGUCCUCUAAGAGAAGCUUGCUCAGAUCUGCAGUUCUUGCCUGUAUGGGUCCAGAGUCGGGGUUUCAAGACCCUUAAAUCAAAGACCAGACGAACAGAGUCUGGUUAUGACGGGCCGGUGGAGUCAGAGGCCUUCACGCCAUCCUUCAUGAAGGGAUUUCUUCAGAGGGAAAAGGUACCAGAAGCACAAUCCCUGGACCAACUGACGAAACAGAAGAACCUUCCCGUUAACCAGCAGGAAGCUUUCAAGACGGGUUUCACUGAGGGCUUCAUGAGGUCUCAGGCCUUCACUCAGAGAACACAAGACUCGCUGAGGAGAACCAGGUUGAUCCUGUUGGUCCUGCUACUUGUUGGCAUUUACGGGUUGUCAAGAACCCCGUUUCUCUCGGGUAAAGGCUCCUUUUCUGAUGCUGUGAGGUUCCGCACCACAUCUGGUCUUGACUCAGCAGUCGACCCCGUCCAGAUGAAGAAUGUGACAUUUGAGCAUGUCAAAGGAGUGGAGGAGGCAAAGAAUGAACUGCAAGAAGUUGUUGACUUUCUCAAGAACCCCCAGAAAUUCACUGUUCUGGGUGGAAAGCUGCCUAAAGGGAUCCUCCUCGUUGGCCCACCAGGCACAGGAAAGACUCUGUUAGCACGAGCCGUGGCCGGAGAGGCUGACGUGCCGUUCUACUACGCCUCCGGAUCAGAGUUUGACGAGAUGUUUGUGGGCGUCGGCGCGAGUCGAAUCAGGAACCUUUUCAAAGAGGCAAAGGCCAAUGCUCCCUGUGUGAUCUUCAUUGAUGAGUUGGACAGCGUCGGCGGAAAGAGAAUUGAGUCUCCAAUGCAUCCCUACUCUAGACAAACCAUCAACCAGCUGCUGGCUGAAAUGGACGGGUUUAAACCAAAUGAAGGUGUCAUCGUUGUUGGUGCUACAAACUUUGCAGAGGCUUUGGAUAACGCUCUCAUUAGGCCAGGAAGGUUUGACAUGCAUGUGACCGUCCCUCGCCCCGAUGUGAAAGGACGCACUGAAAUUCUCAACUGGUACCUCUCCAAGAUCAAAAUGGACCCUGCCGUGGAUGCGGGGAUUAUUGCCCGGGGCACAGUGGGCUUCUCUGGGGCCGAGCUGGAGAACCUGGUCAACCAGGCCGCCCUGAAGGCAGCCAUAGACGAGAAAGAGAUGGUCACAAUGAAGGAUCUGGAGUUCGCUAAGGACAAGCUCAUCAUGGGCCCUGAAAGGAGGAGUGUUGAAAUCGACAAGAAGAAUAAGACCAUCACGGCCUACCACGAGUCCGGCCAUGCUAUUGUUGCCUACUACACCAAAGAUGCGAUGCCCAUCAACAAGGCCACUAUCAUGCCUAGAGGCCCAACUCUUGGCCAUGUGUCCAUGCUGCCAGAGAACGACCGUUGGAGUGAGACGAGAGCCCAGCUGCUGGCUCAGAUGGAUGUCAGUAUGGGCGGUCGGGUCGCAGAGGAGCUCAUCUUUGGAGACGCCUACAUCACCACUGGAGCCUCCAGUGACUUCGAUGGAGCAACCAAAAUUGCAAAAAUGAUGGUGACCAGAUUCGGCAUGAGUGACAAGCUUGGUGUGAUGACCUACAGGGACGUGACCAAGCAGAGCCCCGAGACACAAGCUAUCAUCGAACAGGAAGUCAGGGUUUUGCUGAAUGACUCGUAUGAACGUGCUAGAAACCUCCUGAAGACCUACAGCAAGGAGCACAAGGAGCUAGCGGACGCCCUGCUAGCACAUGAAACUCUGAAUGCCAAAGAGAUCAAACUGGUGCUGGAGGGCAAAUCGCUGGACCACCAGAUACCUCAGUAGAGAUUUGAGACUCUUGUAUCAUGUAUAUAUGAAGCUGUGCAACUACGCACAGGCCUUUUGGAGGCCUUUGUAUUUCAUUUGUUUGUAUCCCUCUUAUUCUUCUUCUUCUUCUUAUUAUUAUUAUUAUAAUAAAUGUGAAUAUGACACUGAAAUUAUUAAGUUUCACCCCUUAUAGACAUUUUUAUUUUAUUUCCAUUGUCUUUCUUUCCCUGUAGAGAAGACGUUUGGAUUCACAUUGAUUUUAAGGAUCUCAGUGUAAUGGGAUGGAAAUAAAUAUUCACAAAGAUGAUUGAGGAGCUUGUUGUCCUCUUCUCUGAAGACAAAGUAUUUCUGUAGUAGUUUCAUCCAUCAGAGUCAUAUUUGGUCGUAUAACAAGGUUCUCAGGCAAAUGCAUUUGACAAAGAUCAUGGUUAAUCACAAUCAGAUGAAUGGUUUCAUGUAUGUCUAUGUCUCAUUUUAAAUUUGUACAGACUGGUUAACACCAUAGGACCUUAAAGUACCUCAAUCUAGAAUGUACCAUUUGGCUGUAGCAAGGUACCGGUGAUAUCACUGGUCAUGUUAAGAGUUUUCUCCUAAAUGAUGUCUUUCAGUUGCAUCUAUUUUGUUUUUUUCUUAUUUAUUUAAGUGCCCAAAAGUGUGUUCUCUCUCUUCUGAAAUUAGUGAUAGGCCCUCAUGCCCUGUUUUAAGCUCACAUGUAGCUGAUGAAUGAGGGGAAAUGUAUAUAUGCUAUGUAUGCGUGUAAAAGGAUUGGCUUUGUUUGUUCCUUUUACAGGCCUUUAAGCUCAAAUAAAGGUUACCUUUACU